CAGCGAGGGAGUUCAGAGAGAGGAGUUGAAUGAAUGCAAAAGGGGGGGUGGGCUGUCUGUCGGGAAGUUACUCAAGCGCUGCGGCUGCUUGGCAGGUGUUCCCGAGCAGAGCAUCAGCGUAAUGCUGCCACAGUUUUGUUUUUUUAAAGGGGCGCACAGAGCUGACAGGCUGAGAGGAUAAGCCUUUCAAAAAGCCGGCGCUUUACAGCUAAGCGCUUCAAGACUCUAUACCUUAUCCAGGUAUGACACUUACACCUCAACCUGACUGAUGAAGACUUUAGUCUUUACAGCUUUUAACUUCUUGUUUGCAGCUUCUCCUAAAAACUGUGAGCUCAGUUAACACGUUAACUUUUCAACCUGUUUUCAUGCUGCUGAUUCUUUCAGUGUGCGUGAUGGGAAAGUGUCUUUGCAUUGAGAAAUCUCCAUGUAGGUGUAGAGUGGCUGGGAGGCUCAGCAGGAUGGAAAUAGGUGCCCAUUUUCGCUACUAUUUCCAACACCCCUGGUCGCGCCUCAUCGUGGCCUACCUCGUCACCUUCUUCAACUUCCUCAUCUUCGCCGAGGACCCCAUCUCUCACAGUCAGACGGAGGCCCACAUGAUCGUGGUGGGCAACUGCUUCUCCUUCCUGUUCAACAAGUACCCGGGCCGUGGAUGGAACGUCCUGAAAGUCAUAUGCUGGAUCCUGGCCAUUAUCACCGGCAUGUUAGCCGGGAAGUUUAUAUUCCACCGCCAGCUCUUUGGUCGAUACCUGCGCCUGAAAGUGUUCCGCGAGGAUCAUGGCUCCUGGAUGACCAUGUUCUUCAGCGCCAUCCUCUUCCUCUUCAUCUUCUCACACAUCUACAACCUUUUCCUGCUGAUGGCUGGGAGCAUGCAACCUCACAUGGUGACGGAUUCCAUGGGCAUCAGGAAUGAGAGCUUCAUGAAGAUCGCUGCGGUGGGGACGUGGAUGGGAGACUUUGUCACUGCGUGGAUGGUGACGGAUAUGAUGCUCCAGGAUCAGCACUACCCAGACUGGGGCAAAGCAGCCAGAAGGUUCUGGAAACAAGGCAACAACAGGAUCGUUCUCUUCUGGUCAGUGCUGAUCUCUCUGACGUCGGUGGUGGUUCUGGUCAUCAGCACCGACUGGAUCAGCUGGGACAACCUGAACCGCGGCUUCCUGCCCAGCGACGAGGUCUCCAGAGCCUUCCUGGCCUCCUUCAUCUUGGUCUUCGACCUUCUCAUUGUCAUGCAGGACUGGGAGUUCCCUCACUUCAUGGGUGACCUGGAUAUGAAUCUACCAGGAAUGUCAACAACGCAUGUCAAGGUCAAGCUUCCUGUCUGCAAGAGCAUCUUUAAAGACGAGUACCACAUUCACAUCACAGGUAAGUGGUUCAACUACGGUAUCAUCUUCCUCGUGCUGAUUUUGGACCUCAACAUGUGGAAGAACCAGAUCUUCUACAAGCCCUACGAGUACGGCCAGUACGUUGGGCCCGGUGAGAAGAUCUUCACGGUGGAGGAGCCGGAAACGCUCGUCCUCUUCAACCACAGCACCCUCAGCUACGAGUGGCGCUCCAACAACGUCGACCCCAACAGCAACAUGACCUACGUGGAUCGGGACAUGUUCCUCCACAGCCGCUACACCGGGGCCAGCCUGGACAUCAAGUGUAUGGCUUUCGUCCCGAGCCUGGCGGCGUUCGUCCUCUUCGGGUUCUUCAUCUGGCUGUUCGGGCGGUUUCAGGACAGCGAGACCAUCACGGAGAACCCGGACAAGUCGUACGAGAGGAUAAAGAGGAAGUCGCCGUCGGAGUACAGCAAGGAGAUGGGGGUGACGCCGGAGGAGGUGCCCGUGACCAUGAGUGACAGUCUGAAACGAGCGGGGACGCCCAUGCUUCUCUCGGUGGACGAGCCGCACUUCGGAGCGACGCCCUCGACGAACUCCACUAUUUCCAUGGAAACCCAAGAGACACAUCCGAGCAUUGUGAUUGACAGCGCGGAGCAGGAGGAACCGGCAGUCUCUUUUGAUGUCCACAAGCUGUCUCCGUGACCUUAUGAACUCCUCAGACUUUGAACUAUAAAAACUGUGGACAGGUUGGUAAUGAGAGCUCAAGAUGCAGUUCGCCAAGAUCUUAAAUCGUCGCUUCUCUUCAGAUGAGACUGAGCUGCAACAGGAGCAGGACAACGUGAUGUUACGUGAUCACCAAAGCCCUGAUGUCCUGACGGCUGUUGCAGUUGAAUAUAUUUUUGUAAAACAAUCUUUUUAAAAAGCCUCUAAGAAACGGCACCAAUUCCAAUAACAAAACACAUCUUUUAAAACAGAAUGCAAACUUAAAAUUGACAUGGUGCUCGCUCGGAUUUUGCAUUUUCAUAAUUCAAUUUUGUCAACUAUUUUGGUGCCUAAAUCAGAGGAGUAUUUCUACAGUCGUGACACUGCAGUCAGGUGGAUUUUACUGAGUGUUACUGCUACAAUAGUGCCUUGAUAUGUCAUAUCUUCGGAUGCAGACAUUCAGUCUAUAAUACUAUAGGCAACAAAACGGAAGAUGUCCUAGUAACGGUCUGCUAUAUUAAUGUCUUAUAUAUUCUUUCAUGUCAAUUGUUACCUCAUUUGAUCCUAAGACUUUAUCUUUUUAAUUUAUUCUCGUGUGACGUCGCUCUUACUCUCACUUGUUGUUGAAAAAUGAAAUGAUUUAUGAACAUCAAUUGAUGACUUAUUGACAUCCCCUCACUUGAUAUUAGUUGCAGAGAUAAUAAAUGCAAUCAGCUCAGAUCAAAUAGCAAACCAAUAAGCCACCUUGUGAUUGUUUAUGUGUGCUGCUGCGCCUGGACUGAAUACCAACAGAGUCAGAAAGGUGCUUUUGCCCUUGGCAUAAACACGUCAUUGAAGUGCAGGAGAGGCUUCUGCUCCAAAAGCUCAGGGCUUCUUUAUGUCUAGAUAAACCUUUAAAAGUUUUAGAAGCAGUUUUUUUGCAGUCAUGGUAAAUGCAUGAAAAAUUAUUUAUUUGAAAUAUUAUCCUUGUGUAAAAAAAAAAAAUCCCUGAUGUUUAAACGCAAGUGAAACCUGCAGAAUUUAUCUUUACGCCGGCUUUGAAAGUGUUCACUGCCGAAGUCUCUUUAAAAUGCAUAAACAGUGUUUGGAGUUUUUGGUCCAAAACAGUAUGCCCUUCAGUUUUUUUUUUUAUGUAAAGUGCAAAUA